AUAUUUUUACACACAUUAUCGCCCACCCAAAUGAAAACGACGAGUGUUUAUUAUUGUCGUCUUUUUUUCAGAUGCGUUGCUUAAAAUGUACCUAACAUGAAUAUGAAACGCUAAUUUUGAAAUAUCGUAGCCGAAAAAAAUCGUUCGCAGUUAAAGUUCGCGCUCAGUGGAAAGUUUUUCGGGUGCAUUUUUUUCCCCCAGGACCAACGUUAUUUUUUCGAGAAUUCACUUGUGCAGAAUGUGCACGUAUGCAAAAUCCAAUCAGUAAAAUUACACAAACAGCUUCUGGACGAGAGGAAAAAUAGCGCAAACAAUACUUGGCGAGGUGUUCGCAUUCAGGUCCACGAAUCAACCUCUCAGAAAUCUACAUCAAUCGCAAUCAACAAUAGCUGUAGGUGCAUCAACAACUUCAGUGACCUGAAAUAUACGAUCAGUAAUAGUUUCAAAAUCAAUCGCCAGUCUUCGAUAAUAACGAGACGCUUCGCAAAACGAUAAUAAUGCAUGAAGAUCCACAUCCCCAUUCUGUAAAUACGCCGCCGCCAGUUGGUAAUGUAACGAAUGAAGACAUCAAGAAAGUUUUCGAUCUUUUAGCUGAAGGAGAGGCCAGACUGAACGGUACACCCAGCGUGGAGAAUGUGACCUUAUUGAUGGGUAAUACAGGGUCUGGGAAAAGUACACUAACACAAAGAAUCGCAGGUUACGAUACUAACCUAGUUUCAGUCAAAGAAGGCCUUGAUUUCACCAUUAGUAAACUUAACAACCAAACAAAAAACUCUUACAUGACAUCUGCAACAAUAUUUCCAGAAUUGGUGCACGACAACAGCACAGGCGCCUGGUAUUACGACUUUCCCGGAUUUUUAGAUACCCGAGGAAUGGCUCACGAUGUAACCACCUCUUAUUUCAUUAACAAAGUCAUAGACAAUGCGAAACGUGUUAAAAUACUUGUUGUAGUUAAUUACACUUCGUUAACCAGGUCUGGAACGAGAGACGACUUUACAAACCUUUUGAAACAUGUAACUAAAUUCGUUAAAAACUUUGAACAACUUAAAGAUGGUAUUUGUCUGAUUGUAACCAAGGUUCCAUUUCCCGAAUUUAAAGACAGUAAAAUUAUCCAAAAUUUAGUUGAAUCGAUUAAAGCAGUUAAAGAAGGGCUAAAAACAAAAGCAAACACUUCUGAUGAAAUCAAACUCAUAGAUGUGCUACUCUUGCAGCAGGAAGGUGUCUACUCAAAAAUAGGCAUUUCUAGGACUCCAAACCAAGCAGGGAUUUUAAGUGAGAUACCUCUACUGAAAGAGAACAAGCGAAAUCUCACUGCUAUCAUAGACAAACUCAGUUUCGUUGAAAAGACCAGCUCUGAUUUUGGUUAUUUUGUACCCGAGCAAUCUCUGUACGAUGUCAGUAAGCUGAUAAAGGAAAUUAAUGAGAAAAUAUUAGAAUACGUUGAAAAAAGUGGCAAAAAACUGCAGGAGAACAUUAUGAGCCAAGAAAGUCAAAUUUAUGACCUUUCGCAGUUGAUCAAUGCGACAAGCUCAUUUCAUAAUAAAUUAAUUGAUUUGAGAGAUACUGGGAAUUUAGAAUUGGAAACCAAAGACUGUGUGGAACAACUGGUGAACGAAAUUACCUCCAAGAAAAUGGAACCAGACAAGCCGAGUUUACUACCCGCUGUGGAGUAUGCUCAAUAUGCUUCGUUCUUGCAUAUGGCAAGUGAUCAUGUCCUUAGAGAUUCAUUUGUGUGCACUGAAGGAUUGAAAAAUGUCAUCGAAUACUCCAACAGGUCAAAAAAUUGGUAUAAAUUCUUGCAACAGCUGUACAAUAGGUUGUUGGAAAGUCAUAGUCUCUGUACUGCUUUAGCUAACCACAUACAUGAAGCAAAUGCAAGUUCUGCAUCACUUCUACAACUCUUGAAAGACUGUUUUCCAAAUUACAACUACGAGUUGAACGAUAUUGCAAACAUCACACUUGAUGAACCAAAACUAAAUACCCUGCGCAGAAUUCUGUACAUGGCAUUGAAAAACGAUUUGCAUCAUUUGUGUGAAGCCAACAAGCUGACAGUGAAAGGGAAUCACAUUAAACUCAGCGAUGUAGUCAAACGCCUGAAGAAUUGCACAACUUUGCCCCACAUCAUUGAGAUCUUUGCGCUGAAAAAAUUAUUUAUAGACACAGAUCUGAACAUGAUUGGUGACGAGGUACAACUCUUCAUCAUAGCACCAAUUUGGGAAAGCUGGGGUGCUCGAAAAAUAACUCUAGAUGGUUUGCCAGGAAACCCACAUAAUUCAUCAAAAGCUACCAAUGGAACAGAUCCCGAUGGAAAUGGAUUCAAUGGUGAACCUGGAUUACCUGGAAAAUCCGGAGGACACUUUGUAGGCAUAUGGGAGACUUUCAUCAAUCUCCCAGAUCUCAGCAUCUCUGUUAAUGGUGGUCAAGGUGGACCUGGCCAAGAUGGAGGUGAUGCAGCAAGUGGAAAGAACGGAGAUGAUGCAUACGAUGAUAUUAUUGAAACCAGGGGGACAUGUUCAGUGGAAUAUAAUCCACCACCUUGCGCUUGUAACGCCACAUCAAGCAACCACACCAUAAUUCUAGAUGUAUACAAAGAUGGCAACAUAACAGAAAGUGGGCGCAUUUACAUUCUUGCAGGGAAAGAAGGACAUAUUGGAGGAAAAGGUGGAGAUGGAGGCACAGGUGGAGUUGAUGGUUAUCCUGGUGAGGCUACAUUCAUUUCACUUUUGCCACACAAUACCACAAAAAUACAUGUAGAGAUGAAAACAGGACUCAAGGGAUUGGAUGGAAGAGGUGGUCAAGGUGGGAGUGGAGGGAAAUUUGGUAAUGAUCUCGAAAUAUGGUCACCGUGUCAGCAACUCCCUCGUAAAUACAACCUGACUGACAACUACAAACAAGCAUCAGUAGGUAAAAAUGGUGUAAAUGGUGGGAAUUCUAAGCCUGUAAAAUUUCCGCAAAACAAAGAAUUAUAUUCAAAGUCGCAUGUAAUCAACCAUUACAAUGAGUACGUAAGGGAAAAUCUAAAUCAUAGCAUACAGGAGUCUCAUUUGAGAGAAUUUUUGAAAAAGCUCGAAAGCAAUCAACAUAUUUCUAAACCACGUAUUAAACGCCAAGGUCCAUUAACAAUCAAACGCAUGCGUCAAAAAGAUGGUUUUAUGAAGAGCUCUGCAAACAUGAUUAAAUCUCCAAUUAAUACAGCCAUUCGAUUCAUUGGUGGAAUCUUGGGCACUUGGAAGUCAAUCUACUUGCCAUACUCAUACUCAAAUUGUAAUUCAAUCAAGGAAGGUGUUCAAUCUUGGUUUAGAGGAUUGACCCCAUUCAACGUUCACACAACUAAGGACUUUGAUCAUCAUUUUGAAAGUGCUUCUACAUUCAAUGCCUAUGAAUCACUGACCUUGAUUGACUUUUUCGUCCGAUGGGUUACAAAGGUUAGACCCUAUGAUAAUACAUUCAAUGGAUCAGUGAAUUCUGCCGAAGUUACAGCUUCUGUACUCAAUAUUGUUGCAGAAAUUGAAACUCUACUGAGAGAUCUAUCCAUUCAGUACAAUUUUCCAACAGAAUCUUUGGAAUUUGAUCCAAUUGUUCUAAUGUCUGCACUGGAAAAAGAGGUGAUCAAUGGUAAUGAAGUGAAAUUGGCAGAAAUAAUGUCCCAAACUAUAUUGGAUAUUUUCAAUAAUCCAGAUGAUACCGAGUUUAGUAAUCAUGUAGCACACAAAAUCAACGCAGUAUUAGGUAUUGAGAAGGGAAAGUGAUUCAUUUCACUACUACCAGGAGCGAGUUGCAAAAUUGAAUGGGCAUUCUAUGUUUCCUGCAGGUUUAUGACCAUAAAACAAUUUAAAAAUCAUUAUUCAGCACAUUAUAUGCACUUAUGCAUCAAAGUACCAUUACUGUUACUCUCUUGAGAAAAAAUGCACAAUUUAUUCAGUUAUUAAUGAAACACUGUACCUAAAUACCUAAUAAGUGAAAUCUGCGAGUCGUCAGAUAGUAGAUACCUACUCGUAUAAUUGGUAAUCACUCAGUCAAAUAUUCAGUUCUAGACGAAUUUCUAUUGAUGGGUACUUUUUCAAAAAGUGUUAUGGUAAAUACUCGAUUAUUUCAAUUAUUUUCAUGCGUAAUCCAAUUGUUUAUAAACAAUAAAAUUUAUCAAUCUU